CACGCUGCAGCAAAGAAAACUAAUAUUUCUGUUAAUUUUACAAUACAUAUGCAAUGAGUGACGUGGCUGACUUUCCUAAAUCGAGGAGUUGGGUGUGGAAUGAUCAUCGUGGCGAGCUGGUUAAGAUCAGGCAAGAUGGCCGACCCGCCAGUCCCUCCGCCUCUUCUUCGACUUCUAGAAGGUUCUCUUGUACUGUCGGCCAUCGGAGCGUCAACAGGACCCUGUUACUCUCGAAGCGCCUGGUGGAGGCCGAGUACGGGCGCCUCGACCCUGAAGAGUGGGAAAGUCUGCCCUCCGCCCACGUCACCUUCAGGGACUGCUUGAAGGUCGCCCUCCACCUCCAGGCCACGCAGACGAUCUUCUCCAAGAUGUUCCUCGAUAUUGUGCGGCUGGAGAAGGUACAAGAACUCCUGUGGCAGUUGGUGAGGUAUUUCGGAGAGCUGUUCCUGCAGGCGGACCUCAUUCGGGGGAUCGAACCUCCUGCAGUAGGGAACCAGAAGUCCCUGCAGAUGAGGUGGGAGAGGCGGCUGUCAGCUGUCCUGGACCCCUUGGCCUCUACGUACGGCCUCCUGGUGCUCGGACACGGGCUGGAGAACCUGCACCACAUGAAGCGCGGCCGGAGCCUACACAGCUACGGCUCGCGAGACAACAGCAUCUUCGAACGCCUUUACGAACUCUGCGAACUCCUCGUCUGGAUCGUGUUCCGCCGCCGUGACCGUCCCGUCGUGCACGCGGAGAUCACGAGGCUGUUCCGGGGCGAAGUGAACCUGGAACAGCAGCAGCAGCAGCAGCUCCAGCAGCAGCAGCAGCAGCAGCACAGCCAGGUGUCGUAUCAUCAUCACCUGGACGAUCCGCUCGAACAGAGGCCGAAGCACAGGAAGAAGGGGCCGGCGCUUUCGAAGAUUGUCCAAGAGAGCUCUGGGCUGAUGGUUCGAAAGGUGCCUGACAUGACACUCACCCAGACGAUCACGUCCUCUUCAGAUGCCCUGCCUGCUCUCACCUAUGAUAACGAGGACGACAUACUGAGUACUCAAGGUUUAUGGCUCAUCGGGGCAAAAAGGGCAGAUCUGAACGAGUACUUGGAACCCGCUGUUCAAGAGAUAGAUCAGCUGAGUCUGCUUGACUGAAGUAAUUGCUUAGUAAUAGUUUUAUCAACCUUGAACGAAAUUACU